UCACUCAUUCGUGAGGGGCAUGGCAUGUUCUUCGGAUUUCCCAUGCAGAAAGAGGAGGAGCCGAAGGUCGAGGCGGCGAACGAGUUACCUCACGGAGACCACCUGCAAGAAAGGUAUCGAGUGCAGCGACGACAGAGCUCCGUCGCAUCCGACGAGCCCGUCCUCCAAGUGGAAAACCAGUGGGGCGAGGCGUCCCUGGAAGAGGAGGAGGAGGAGGAGGGGAUGAAGGCGGGGUACCGGAAGGCGAGGUUGGGGUGUCUGCUGGCCGUGGCGUACUCGGCGAACAUCGGAGGGACGGGGACGCUCAACGGGAGUGGGCCCAAUCUCGUUCUCAAAUCCGUUCUCGAUGGGUAA